ACACAGGAAGGAAGGAUUACAUCUCACUGUGCGCUGCUCUGGAGUCUCUGAAACACCCAAAAGUACUGGGAUUGUUGCUACAUUAGUCAGACAGGAACUGCCACCAGACAACAGAAGAACCGUCUGACAAACAAAAGGCAGAGAGAAGUGAUUUAUGUGAAAUAAUCUGGGAUUAAAGAGGAGGCAAUAAAGGACCUGCAAUGGAACAUUUAACAGCGGCAAUAGAGAGAAGUUAUUGGGGAUUCAGAGGCAGCACAGAGGAUCACUCGGCUGAAUUCUAUGUGGCACUGCGGUGGAUUCAGUUUGUUAUGGUGGUUUUGAGUAUUGUCGGUUCAGGCUCCAUCAUUGGAUAUGCAGCAUUGCAGCAGUUGGCGAGGCAUGCAGAGAUUCGUCCAUUAUUCUACCUGAGUUUGUCUGACCUCAUGCUGGGGUUUUGUUGGCUGAUCAGUGUUUCACUCUACAGGGACUCCUUCAGAGCUGGCAGCAUUACCUGCUACAAUCUCCAAGUGAUAGGACAGGUGCUAUACCUCACAUCUUUUUGCUACACCUUGAACUAUACCUGGUGCCUUUACAGAGAUCUGAAGUCAAGGAUUCACGCGAUGAUAAACACUACAUCUCGCCUGCUAACUGAAAGCAGUAGCAGACUGAGCAGGAUCAUAUUAAUCUUGUCCAGUUUGAUUCCUGUCAUCCUGAUGGUGCCUGUCUUUUAUGUUGGAAAUGGAUAUACUUGUUAUGCUAACCUCAGCAAUUCGUGCCUCCUCCUUCACACCAGAAUGCUUGAAUCAAACAGCAGUUACGUUAAUGUCCAUAAGAAUGCAUGUCACAGUGUAUACCUGUACAGAACCAUCAUCCUGCUCAUUACCUUCUGUUUUACUUUACUUGGAAUUGUGAUUCUCCUAAUUAAAUCUCGGAUCCUCUAUAAGAAACUAGUGACUCUGACUGGAUUUCUUGGAGACCAGCAAUGGGCAAAGAUCAGCAUGAUUGAGAGGAGAAUCUUCCUCUAUCCUACAGCUUUUCUGUUUUGUUGGGGACCAGCAACGAUUCUGGCCGUGGUUAAGCUGUUGAACCCAAAGGACAUGCCUUCUCUUUAUGCUAUACUCUAUAUCUUACAGGCAUUCACUGCUGCAUCUCAGGGACUGCUGAACUGCAUUGUGUAUGGCUGGACACAGAGAAUGCUCCAUCACAUGAGACAAAAGGCUCGUCGAGACAUUGAUACACAGACUCCACUCCUGCGUUCUCAGAAGCAAUCAUACUGUAGCAUGCAAAAUUCCAGAGUGAUGAAUCAAUUGCUUGUUACUCCUACUCCCUAAGGGGCUUGUUGAGAGAUAUAUAGCUACAAUUGCAAUCUUGUCAGUGUCAGAGGAAAGAGAUAACAAGGUGUAGAGCUGGAUGAACACAG